AUGAGGCUCUCAAUUCGUGUCGGAUUGGCCACCGCGCUGAUCAUUCUCGCGCUCGUCCUGAUCGACCGUCAACUCCACACUGCUGGCCCGGCCCCCCAAUCGUUCUGGCACUUCGAUACUACAUCCUUCCAAGCUUCAUUACGUCCGCCGAAAUCCUUGCAGGAUAGUAUUCACAGGAAAUGGGGGAGUGGUUCCGAGAAAACACUGGGUUUGAGUUACCAGACCACGCCGAUCGAGGUUCCUGAUUCGGGUGUUAUUGUCAUGGGCAAACUGCGCGAGGAGAAUACCGCUUGGGUCUCCGCAGAAAUCGCUGAAUGGCGCAAUUACAUCUAUACCGUCGACGACACGAAUGCCCCUGUACACACACCCAAGAACAAGGGCCGCGAGGCAUUACCUUAUCUCCAAUAUAUUGUUGAUCAUUAUGAGGACCUUCCCCCCGUCAUCAUCUUCCUGCACAGUCACCGCGACGGCUGGCCCGCCGCCUGGCACACCGACACCAUGGAUUACAGCAAUGUGGACUCGGUGCGGGCCCUCCAGCGCGACUUUGUCUUGCAGGAAGGAUUCGUGAAUCUCCGCUGCCAAUUGUCGCCUGGUUGCCCCGCCGAGAUGCAGCCGUUCCGUAGUCCCCCGAAACAAGGCGACACUGGUGAGAGACAUUAUGCGGAUGCCUGGAAGGAGUUGUUCGGGAACACCAACGUUCCCCAGACCAUCGCCGCACCAUGCUGCUCGCAAUUUGCCGUCUCCAAGGAGCAGGUCCUCAUGCGCCCGCUAUCCGACUAUAAACGCAUGUACAAUUGGGUGCUCAACAAUGAUCUGUCAGACGAGGUGACCUCCAACAUCAUGGAGUACUCAUGGCAUAUUAUUUUCGGCAAGGACCCAGUUUUCUGCCCCGAUGUCUUUCAAUGCUACGCCGAUGUUUACGGCGAGGAAGUCUACGGAUUUUAA